AUGUUUCAAUUUAAACGAUUUCUAGCUACUGCUAGUAAAUCAUUCACCAACAAUAAAUCACAAUUAGAUAGAGCCACAUUAACAAUAAAAAAUGGUCCAGUAUUCAGUGGUUAUUCAUUUGGUGCAAAUAGAAAUGUUAGUGGUGAAGCAGUUUUCACAACUUCAUUAGUUGGAUAUCCAGAAAGUAUGACUGAUCCAUCAUAUAAGGGACAAAUUUUAUGUUUUACACAACCAUUAAUUGGAAAUUAUGGAGUACCUUCAUCGACAUUAAAAGAUGAAUUUAAUUUAUUAAAAUAUAUGGAAAGUCCAAAGAUUCAAUGUAUUGGUAUUGUUGUUGGGGAUGUUGCAUUAGAAUAUAGUCAUUGGACUGCUGUUGAAAGUUUACAACAAUGGUGUAAAAGAAAUGGAGUUGCAGCUAUUACUGGAGUAGAUACAAGACAAUUAGUUUCAUAUUUGAGAGAUAAAGGUUCAAGUUUAGGUAAAAUUACAAUUGGUGAAGAAUAUGAUGCAGAUGAAGAUGCAGCAUUUGAAGAUCCAGGAGCUGUAAAUUUAGUUCAUAAAGUCACUACAAAACAACCAUUCCAUGUUGCUUGUCCAAAAGAACAUUCAAAAGAUAUUCAUAUUGCCGUAUUAGAUUGUGGGGCAAAAGAAAAUAUUUUACGUUGUUUAGUUGAAAGAGGUGCUUCAAUAACUGUUUUCCCUUAUGAUUAUCCAAUCGAUAAAAUUGCAAAUAAAUUCGAUGGCGUAUUUAUAUCUAAUGGUCCCGGUGAUCCAACUCAUUGUUCAACUACUGUUGACAAUUUAAGCAAAAUAAUGGAUAAAUACCCAAAUUUACCUAUUUUUGGAAUAUGUUUAGGUCAUCAAUUAUUAGCAUUAGCAAGUGGUGCUAAAACUAUAAAAUUAAAAUAUGGUAAUAGAGCUCAUAAUAUUCCAACAUUAGAUUUAGUAAGUGGUAAAUGUCAUAUAACAUCACAAAAUCAUGGGUAUGCAGUUGAUUCAACAACUUUAGGUGAAGAUUGGCAACAAUUUUUUAUAAAUCUUAAUGAUUUAAGUAAUGAAGGAAUGAUUCAUAGAAAAAAUCCGGUUUUUUCAACUCAAUUCCAUCCAGAAGCAAAAGGUGGUCCUCAAGAUACUGCAUAUUUAUUUGAUAAAUUUUUCGAUAACAUUGGUGAGUACAAAAAGACUAAUGGAUUAAAUUUACCAAGUGUUGAAGGUAGUUUAUUAGUUGAUAUUUUACCAACUGAAAGAGUAGAAUAA